AUGGAUAAACCUCGGAAGCCAGAUGACUCGUCGCUGAGUAGUGGGAGUGAUACCAGUGUGAUCAGCGCUGAUAAUCCCUCAGCAGCACCAGUUCUUCGUUUUAUGCACACAUUUUACGGUAAAUUCGGAGCUUUGGUAGCCAGACAUGCUGUGGCAACAAUUGUUAUAACAACAUUACUUACUGUCAUCUUUGGUGUCAUCACGGCAACUACGAAGUAGGCCAAAACCUUUUGAAAAAAGAUUUUUUUUAAGUUUAGGUGAAUUUAAAAUUGUUUUUGUGACUUUACAGUAUUCGGUUUAAGAAAAUCAAAUUCACGAUUUAAACUGCUCAAAGCAAACUUUAAACUAUGAAAUUUGCUAUGUUUACUGCUUGUACAAUUAAAUUUACUGUAACUUAUUUACUGAACCAAUAUCAAAUUAGUGUAUUACAGAAAAGAGAGUGAUCUCCUAGCCUACGCCCCAACCAAUGCUAGAAGUCGGGUAGAAUAUAACACAUACCAAGAAUUCUUUGACAAUCACGGCCAAGGAAUAACAAUAUUCGUAUUGGUUACUCCGAAAGAUAAUCAGACAAUGAUACGAAAUGACCAUCUAAACCAAACAGUACAGGUUCUAGAUACGAUCUACAACAAGUUCAAAAUGCCAUCAGAAGAUGGCACGAAGCUACAGACUUUUCCAGAGUUUUGUCGUGGUUUCUGUCAGAUUAAUGAGCCUGUCAGACAGUUUUAUGUAAGUUGUUUUAGGUGGAUGUUGUUAAUAUUACAAAACUUUUUAAACUUAUAUUAGAAGUAA